CAUUAAUUGCAUGUCUGGCCUAGUUUGACAAUUUUUCAGUUCCAGUGGUUUGAUUUCAUUGCACAACACAUGAAAACAACAGAAGCAGUGGGGUGUUCUACUAUAUUUGCACACUGCUGUACCUUCAAUCAAGUAGAUUAUUUCAGUGAUCAGGAGCAAGGGAUUUGAUAUUAAAUCGAUUGUUCCUCUCUCAAAGCUGCACAAUUUCUAUUAGUAAACCUGCACACUCAGGUAUGACUUAUUCAUGCUGUAAUGGGAAGUGCAAUCAGUUCUUUCAAAGCACAUUUCCAGGUCCCUGAUUGUUCAAACUCCUGGUACCUGCACAUUUCAACAGUACACCUACACAAGGGAAGUUCUGAAACUCACAACUGGAAGCCCGUUUCAAGCCCUGGCAUGACUUUGUACAGUGGAAGUUGUGGAAUAUACAAUGAAGUUGCUAACAGUUGAAAAGUAUAAUGGAAAACUGCAAGCCUUGAGAUGUUAUUGGAUGUGGUUUUGUUCCAGUCCAGUAAUUGAAAAGCCUGGAUACAGUGUUAACAGAUCAACAGUGUCCUCAUGUCAGUGUUAACAGAUCAACAGUGUCCUCAUGUCAGUGUUAACAGAUCAACAGUGUCCUCAUGUCAGUGUUAACAGAUCAACAGUGUCCUCAUGUCAGCAUAAGCAAAAAGGUGUGGGUUUCUCCACUAAAGCAUUGAUUUGGUAUUUCCACAGUCUUGAAGACACACAUGAACAAUGUAACUCACGAUUUCUUUACAGACUCACACCGGACCCUCCUCCACACGGUUAUGUAGUAACUCACAGUCUCUAAACCAUUUUUGCAAGCUUGUCAACCUCGAACAACAUUUUGGACUCAAUAACCCACUAGACGAGGAGCCCCCAUUUGCAGAGACCACUCGCCCCCAUGAGAUCUAUAUUUGAGCUAUUUCAGAAUGCUCCUCAGUAAUCAAUACUCUCUGGUCUUGAAGCAGCUAACAUAACCCAAUACUUUCACCUUGAAUUUGCAAGCCCAACACUGAACUGGCACAGAGCAGGUGUUGCCCAGUCUUCUGUUGCUUGGUUACAAUCUGUUAGCAGACGAUAGUAUACAAGCAGGAUUGUUUGUAAAAUGCAACAUUGAUGCACCACAGCAGCACAGACUUAGCCCUGUAGCAAUCACAGUGGCUUCACAGAAUAUUUUAAGGGACCGUGUGAUGAACACCGUAUGAUUGUUUUGAUCAUCAGAAUUCUAAGGUAAAAAAAAACCCCUGCAGUGCCACGUUUUAAAGAAUGGAGAAGAUAGAUGUCACACAUUAAGAUGAAUACAAGACGACAGAGGCAUGGCUAGUGCUGCCUUCUGCGUAUCAUUUACUGUUUGAUCCUGGGAUUCGUGAACUUUUCUCAAGGGAAAUAAAAUGAAAAAGAACAGUGUUCCCCAUCACAUUCGAAAUUUUUCCCUGAACCAAGCUGGACCGAAGCUGGGCGAGGGGGGGGACCUUUCUUGGAGGGCGGUGGAGUGUGCAUCUCUUUGGAAAGACCCAGUCCCUCAGAAGAGACUGGAGGACCGGGUCAGCUCUGAAAAAGCAGGGGCCUGCCUUAGAGCUUCCCUGAACCCAGGCAGGCCUUGCAGGAUAACCAGCAAAGCCGUCUCCCAGUCACCUACAAGGCCAAGCCUGGACAGCAGCUCGGCCCUUCAGACUCAAAGGAAGGUCCGCAAGAUCUGCGUUGACCUUCGACCUGCCUUAGCAGCCGCCAACGAGCUGUGUGACUCUGAAGAGGUCAACAGGGAACCCACCGAGGGCGAGGGGGGGAAGCUGUCCUGGAAGGCAGUGGGGUGUACAGCUCUUUGGAAAGAAACAGCUCCUCAGAAGAGACUGGAGGACCGGGUCAGCAUUGAAAAAGCAGGGGCCUGCCUUAGAGCUUCCCUGAACCCAGGCAAGCCUGGCGGGACAAACAGCAAAGCCAUCUCCCAGUCACCUACAAGGCCAAGCCUGGACAGCAGCUCGGCCCUUCAGACUCAAAGGAAGGUCCGCAAGAUCUGCGUUGACCUUCGACCUACCUUAGCAGCCGCCACUGAGCUGUGUGACUCUGAAGAGGUCAACUGGGAGAGAGGGGUACCAAGGAUGAGCUACCCCAGAGCAGGGGCUGAAUCGCCUGACAAAGCAGCUUCUCAUCACAGCUUCAGUUCCGAGAGAGAGGAGGCUGUCCGGAUGCUCAGAGCAGCUUUGCCUCCUGUGGCAAGGCGGACUGCUUGCGUGCCGCUGGACCCCCCAGACACCGGGAUCCGCCCCUUUGUAGGCUUGGUUAGUGUCUCAGGGGACGGCACCCUGGCCAGCUCCUCCAAUCACAGCCUGGCUCCCAAGUCACCAGUUUCCUUUCCAAAGAUUAUCCUGAAGCAAAGCAACCAGCAAACCAAAAAGAUCACAGAAACAAAGCAGGCUGUGUCACUUCCCCUCGCCCCAGUCUCUCUGAAGCAGCUGUUGGGGCGAGUGCAGAACCCCCCCUCCAGCACAGACCACCUCCUCCUGGCCGGGGUUCUGCGCGCACUUCGGGAGGCGCUCUGGAACCCAGCGCUGCCCCAAGAAGCAGCCCAUACAGCGGAAUCAGCCAGCCCAUUUCAGACAGAGCUGAGUAGAAAGGGCUAUCCCUACCACGGAACAAAAUCCCCUCUGGAGACUACAGCCAAACCCGAGGCUGCUGCGCAGGGACCCGCUGGGAAACCAGCGGCUGUCAAAUUCAAUCUGUACAAGAGGAUUCCUGCAGGGAGAACAGUACAAGCACAGAGCCUCAUUUAAAAGGAGCACGAGCAAGGUUUUGAAAUCCAUUCGCUUAUUAGCACUUGCAAUAUUGUCACUAAUAUCUCUUCUGUUGAAAAUAUUUUGGUUCUUUGCCUGUGUUUUAUACUUUGUGACAUAAAGAAGUUGUUUACAGCAAGUGUAAUAGGAUAACCAGUGGGGUUGUAAUCCGAAUGAGAAACCUGUCAAUUGUGACAUUAUUCUUGUUGUGUUCUUGUAUACAGAGCAGAACAUCAGCAACACCUUCAUCUGAUUUGUUGCAUUAUACUACUAAUCAGACAUGUUGAAACUCCACUAAAUAAACAAUGUAUAACUUGCUUUCAAAAGCAGGGGAUUUCUAUUUAAAGACAAGUAUAACUUGCUUUCUGUAUUCAGCUUGCUUACAUUUGCAACGUGAAUAGAUAGGCUAUCAAACAGGCUGAAUACACCCAGUUCAGUUGUUAUCCAGAGUCCCACCAGUUACACAGAUUUAAGGAUCUCAAAGCUCUAGAGACGCCUUCAGGUUUGCAUAAAAUAAGUGAUCAAAGAUUGCAUAUCUCUCAGUUAACAGGCAGUUAAAAUAGAUUCCCAGUUUGCAAUUGGGAGUUAUUUUGAGGGGUGGAAAGUAAUGAAAUCGAACAUCUAACAGGAGGAAAAUCUACCCAGGACUGGCCGAGCAUCUACAGAGGACUGUAAACAAAAAACACGAGUCUUGUUUAGAAAGGUAUUAUUAAGUACAGGGUAUUAAUGCUUGUGACAGGGUAGCCAUCUGCCAUGUGGGUGCGUGCAUUCGCUGCGGAGUGACAGGCAGGAGAUCAAGACUGAAGUUGAAGUUGAUACGCCCCCCGCAGGCGAACAGGAUUUAUUUAUAUUUCAAGUCAACACACUGAACAGCUCACGUGACACUACCAGCAAUGGUAGCACACGGAGUACAUACAACACAGUGUACAAAAACUUUGGUGGGAUCUACAAUCUCUGAACUAAUCUUCUCCGUUCAAUAAUAAACGAACUCCGACUAUGCGCCCGGCUGUCAGUGGUUUCGACUUGCUUUCUCACUCUUCGGUAUCCAACCCUGGUUCUGGUUCUCUCUCACUCACACACACACUGUGCUGAAGAGCUUGAUCAUGGUGGUGAAACAGUUAGGGCGGAUACAUGACGGAUUACUGUAAUAAAUAUCAACAGCAAUUCUGGUCUUGAAACAUUUUCAAACAUGGUUUUGAUUUUUGAAUUGCAAAGUUGGCCCUUCCAGUCUGUUCCAAUCCUGAUCUAAAUUGUUUAAAUGAACCAAUUAAACCUCCACGCAAACGAUAGCGUCGUUCAUGAUCUCAUGUUGCCUGUUAAACGUGGAGUGGAGUGGCCCUCUAGGACUAUGAUUGAACACUCCUGUUCUAAUGUAAUGCAUUUCAUUUUAACAGGUUUUCUGAUCCAGUCAGUAUUGUGAAAUCGGGAUGGAUAUAUAUUGCCUGCAGCACAUAAAGCAAAUCUUGCCAUUCUUUUGUAUACAUUCGCUGACUAAUGAUAAUGAUAAAAUAUCUUGCAUGUAACAAAUCUCAAAUGGGGAUGCUUUAUCAAUACAGGGAUACCUUGAUAUUUAGUGAGCAAGGAGUCCGAGCAUCCAGUACCAACCCUACCCCAUCUCUGACUUCACUAGAGCAUCCUGUACCAACCAUACCCCAUCUCUGACUUCACUAGAGCAUCCUGUACCAACCCUACCCCAUCUCUGACUUCACUAGAGCACCAGAGAAGCACUUUUUAAACACUCACUUUGGGCCACAUUUAUCAGAGUCUUUAUGCAAAAAUGCAUUUUAUAUUGUUUUCUUAAACUAAACUAGUAAAAACAUUGCAGAAGUUUGCAUGAGUUGUUAAUUACUACUUUUGUAACAUUAAAUGCGUGAUUUGGUGCAGAUGUCGUUUCUGUGGAAAGACAUUGAUAAAUCUGGCCUUGUACCUUCAUUAAAUGGAACAGAUUGCCCUUUGUUUCCAGUGCAUACCCCAGUGUCCUCCUGUCUACAGUACAUGCUGGACCGUGUGCUGGAGUGAGCUGUAGAUCGCUUGUUUUUUGUGCAUCAGUUUGUACUUGGUAGGGUCUGGAGCAAAAAUGUUGGGCUUGAAGUAAAUCUGAUAGUUUGUAUCAGAGUAUUUGACAAAUGAAUCCACCAGGGUCUUAAACAAUAGGACUAGACCCAAGGAAGAGGCAAAGCAAAUUUAAAAGCCAUUUUCUUGUCUCUCAUUACAAUUAUCAAGCUCAUUACAGCUUGCCUUUUUCCUGCAUUAGAUCUUUCAUUUGAAAUAUGCUGCUGCUUCCUAUUCACCUCAUCUGUUGUAGUUUAAAGUCAUGGGCAAGAAGCAGCAGUUUAUCUAUAGCAGUGGUUCCCAAACUGUGGUACCCUCAGGGUAUGCACGAUGUGUGUAGGGGGACAAAUUGUGUAAUGGUGAACUUUUUUUUUUUUUUUUUUUGCAUUUUCAUAAGACUUGUCAAACAAAGAUUUAAAACUCAUUGGGAAUUCCUUUUAAUUUCUGGUGUGAAAUGGCACGUGACGCUGGUUAGUUUCAGAAACAAAAAGAGCGGCUGUGCAGUGCCAGACAAUCACGCAGCUGCGGGACACUUGGGUUCACCGCCCUGGCAUGCACGUUUAUUACAAACCUCCAAGAGGUGCCAGUGAGAACAAAGAUAGAGAGACAAUGACGUAGAGAGCCCUCACCACCAAUCACCGUACAGCGUGAAUUAUACCCCCCUGGGGCCCCAGCCUUGAGUCAAUUUGUCAAUGAAAACACAAAUCCGCAAAUCAGAGCCAACAGAUUGUCUAUCUGGAGGCGGGGCGCAGAGCGAGCGCUCUGCCAAUAGGUCAGUGUUCCUGAGGUCAUGUGAUUGCUCUGCUGGCUGAUGUAAUCAACGGAUGGUAAAAUUCAGUAUUUAAAAAAAUGUCAUGCUUUUGGGAUAUUAAUUUGUUGCGUGUUCAUAGAAUGUUGUUUCUCUUAUGAGUUGUACUGAAUGCCUAUACCUACGAUUAAUACGUUUCUGUGACUAAUUUGAAGCUAUUAAUAGGUUUCAAUAUUAACUACAUCGAGUUAUUAAUCAAAUUGAUUAAUCUUGUUACAUCACUGAUUUAUUAAAAUGUUUGGCUGUUACUUGA